UCCAACCACCGCUUAUUUCUGCUUGCAGCAAAUGCAUUUACCAACCAAAACCAACACAAUUCAUCACAAAACCCAGCAGAGGGCUUCAAAAUCUUAUACCUGAAGGAGAUAAUCAGACCGGAAUAGCUAUCGACAUCAUUCUCGGGCAUCUUGGUUUUCGUUAAUUGAACGCGCUACCAGAGCAAUUAGCUAGUAUAUUAUUAAAAAAACCAUGGCGCCGAUGAGAAGAGCUCUGCUUGCUACUCUCAAACAAACUCUUAAUACAAUGGUAGUGCCAAAUAAGACGAGGCUAACGACCUCCACAAGGGCUUUGAUGAUGGACACCCAUAUUCAAUCACAAUCUUGUUUCAGGUCUCAGCUUGGUUCAAUUCAUAGAUUCUCUAUGAAUCUUCAGUCGUUUGGUGGUGUUUUUGAUCUUUCCAGUGAAGAAAGCAAAAGGCGCACUAUUAAUAGAUUGUUGUACCGAAGCAAGCAAAGGGGUUUCUUAGAAUUGGACUUGGUAUUGGGGAAGUGGGUUGAGGAAAAUAUCUCUACAAUGGAUGAGUCUGGUAUUAAAUCACUUGUCCAUGUUCUCGACGUGGAGAACCCAGACCUGUGGAAGUGGCUCACUAGCCAGGAACAACCACCCGAAGCUUUGAAUAGUAACCCAGUAUUUUCUGCUCUUCGUGAGAAGGUCAUGGGCAACCUGGAAAAUCAUGCUUCCCCUGACACACGAGCAAAACCUGGGCAGCCAUGGGUAAGAGGAUGGGAUGAUUUGAAAAGAGGACGAGACAGCCCCAUAUCUGGGAAUCAGUAAGUACUAACUCAUGUGGAGUUUCGGAUCACAAUCUUUUGUAUUUAGUCGAAAAAUGGGUGAUACUGCUUUGUUCUAAUGUUUCAAGUUGAUAUUUGGUUAAGUUAGAGCCUAAUAAAAAAGCUCAUGUGUUCAUUAAGGAUAAGCGUCACAUAUAUGUGUGUUUGUAAAGAGAAGGUUGCUGCCAAAUGCGAGUUGCAUUGUCACCUUCGCCGUUUUAUGUAGUAUGCCAAAUAAAGCCACUCUCUCAGGUUAUGUAUUAUGCCAAAUAAAGCUAUUCUUUUAGGUUAAUCUCUACAGUCUUCACAGUUGUUCAGUCUUA